AUGUAUUAAACUAUUGAUUUUCUAAAGCAGGCCUAUACAUAAAUCAAAAGCUCAAUUAGAUGGUAAACGAAGUUGGAUGAAUUUGAUAUCUUAUUAUUAGGAGUCUUCAUUACAAUAAUUUUACAUUUUAUACUAAAUCGUCUUAGAUUGCCAAGAAGAGAGUACAAUCAAAGUAAACUAUCAUAAUAAAUGGAGGUUAUUGGUCAUUUAUAAAAUCUUAAGUAUUUUUGGGGUUGAUAAAUUAUUGCCCUGGAGUAUCAUCAUUUUUGGAAAAAAAGAAAGAAGAAGCCUUAAAAUCUUUAUCACAUUCUUUUGAAAAACACACUGUCAAUAAAACAUAUAAAAUCCCAGAAAAUGGUAUGGGAUAUGAUAAAAUAAAUGAGAGAUUAAAGAAUUGGAUUGAUCGUGAUAGUAAGAAUUAUAACAGUGGUAAAGUAUCCGGUUCACUUUACGUUUAAAAUGAUGAAAAAUUUAUAGAAGAAUGUUAAGAAUUUACUAAGAAUUUUAUAUAUUCGAAUCCAAUGCAUGCAGAUUUAUGGCCAGCUUCAAGAUAAUUGGAAGCUGAAGUAAUUAAGAUGACAGGAGAAUUAUUUGGAUAGGAAAAAGAUUCAAUUGGAAUGUUAACUACAGGUGGGACUGAAUCAAUAUUAUUAGCAAUUCUUGCUUAUAGAAAUUGGGCAGAAAAUGAAAAAGGCAUCACUUCACCUAAUAUGUAAAUAAAUUAUUUAUUUAAGUGUGAUUCCAGAAACUGCACAUGCAGCAUUUUAUAGGGCAGCAGAAUAUUUUAAGAUUCAAGUAAGAGCUGCUAAAAUUAAUUAAAAAACUUUUACAGUUGAUUUAAAAGAUCUUAAAAGUCAUAUCGAUUCGAAUACAAUAUGUAUAGUUGGAUCAAUACCAAAUUUCCCCUAUGGAACUUAAGAUCCAAUUGAAGAAUUAGCAACUAUUGCUAAAAAGAAAAAGAUUGGAUUUCAUGUAGAUGCCUGUUUAGGUGGAUUCAUAGUAGCAUUUGCCAAAGAGAAAGGAAUGAAUUAUGGAAAGUUUGAUUUCACUCUUGAUGGUGUUACCAGUAUAUCAUGUGAUUAACAUAAACAUGGAUUAGCUCCAAAAGGAGUAUCAACUAUUCUAUUUAAAACUCGUUAAUUGAGAUAAUAUGCUUUCUUUUCUACAGCUACAUGGUCUGGUGGUGCAUAUGCUGUACCUACAACUUAAGGUUCUAAAUCAGGAAUUGGAGCAGCUGGAGCUUGGUUUACAAUGUUAGCUAUUGGUAGAAAAAAAUAUACUGAAUUAAGUAAAUCAAUUAUUAAUGCUACUAUUCAAUUGGCUAAAUAAAUUAAUGAAAUACCAGAAUUAGAAGUUUGUGGUUAACCAAAUAUUAAUUGUGUAUGUUUUAAAAGUAAAACUAAUAUCAAUGUAUAUUCAAUUCAUUAAAUCCUUACAGAAAAAGGAUGGAACAUUAAUACAACUUAAAAUCCACCUGGAAUACAUAUAAGUGUUACACAUUAGAAUAUUCCUAAUCUGAAAUUAUUUGUUUAGGAUAUUAAAUAAGCUAUCCAAGAAGUAAAUUUAUAUUUGGAUUAUUAAUCUUAGAUCAAAGCUAAUCCAUCUAAAUAUAAAAAAGGAGGUGAAAUGGGAGCAUUGUAUGGUACUACUCAAAAAAUACCUGAUUCUAAAUUUGCUGGAAAUGCCCUUAAAUUGUAUUUGGAUUCCGUACUCAAAUUAUGAGAGAGCAAUCUGAGUUUAAAAUUAUUACAUAUAAAAAACAAAAGAAUUUAUCAAUUG